AUUGGCGGAAGGAGAAGUACCAGCCCUUGACUGUCAGUCUGGAUCCAGAGUCUGCCCAUUCCAGCCUUGCUGUCUCUGAUGACAAGACUAGUGUGACAUUCAAGGACUUGCCCAAGCACUCAGAUGAUGGAGUCUAUAGUGUCUUGGGUCAUGAAGGCAUCACAUCAGAGUGCUGUUACUGGGAGGUGGAGAUCAGGAAUGCAGAAGGAAGUGAGUGGGCCCUGGGGGUCUGUAGGAGAGAUGUGGAGAGGAAAGGCUGGUACCAGGAAAGCCCAGAAAAGGGGUUCUGGGUUGUGGCAAUGUAUGAUAAUAAAUUCUAUUCCCUCCCUGCUAAUGGAGAACACAUUGUGCCAGUUCCCCAAAGAGUAGGGGUUUUCCUGGACCUGAAGGAAGGGGAUAUCUCAUUCUACAACAUGACUAAUGGUUCCCACCUUUUCUCCUUCCCUCUCGCUUCCUCCUCCGGGACUCUGUUUCCAUACUUCAGGUUGAGGUCAGGAGAUGUGUCCCUGACCAUCUGCUCUGGAGUGGGUGGGCCUGUGCAGACCCCUGUUCUUCAGAGGUCAGACAACCCUCCUUGUUCUUCAGAGGAACCUGUGAGCCUCUCAGGGCAGGGGUUCAGUUCAGGCUGUUGUGUUGAUGGUGAUUUCCCAGGGGCUGAAUCUCCAUUACUCCCCUGUGGUCCUGAAGCUAUGUCCCCAUAA